GCCUGGCGAAGACGGCGGCCUUUGGUGUUGGUGCAGGUGCAGAGCGCGCUUCAUAGUGAAAUUUUUCUCCAGCCGAGGCAGAAGCAAAACGCUGCGACGCUCGCUCGACGGACAGAAACCUCUUUUUUUUUUCUUCCUCUGCUGUCAAAAGGGAGGAAGACAUAGUGUGUGAGGGGGAUUUUUGGGUGUUGAAAAUUCGGCAGUUUGCAGUGUCCGUAGUGGUGUGAAAAGUGGUUCCGGAAGGCGUACAGUGGCCAGUGCAGCCCGUGUGCCGUGGAGUACGUGGAUUCCGAGGUUUAGACACUACCUAACUCAUCAUGUCCUCGAAGCGCAAAUCACCCCCGAACAAGCUCUCCAACGCCGGUUCUCCGGCGUCCCCACCGCAGCACGAGAAGAACAACUUCAAGAAGAUCUCGCUCAAGAACGAGGACCUGAUCCGCUCCUCGCCGGUGAAGGAACUCAACUGCGCGUUCGACGCCAGCUUUCUGUCGAUGCAGAAGAUGCAGUCCCAGCUGGAGCCCAAGUUCGUCAAGAACGAAAUGCACAACAGUGGGGACUACAUCAUGGGCGGAAGUCCGCACCACCACCAGCAGCAGCUGCAUCACCACCAGAUGUCCGGAGGUCACCUGUUCGGGGGAAUGCCUGGCGGAGCAGCCGGAGGUCAUCCGCUGAUGAUGGACGGCGAUUUCCAUCAGUUUAAUCUGCCCUUUCUGAACGUGGCCAGCUACAUUCUGAAGGGAUCCGAUCCUGCCAUCGGGAAGAACGACAACUACCAGCUCACGAUGAACCUGGACAGCUUGAACAUCUCCAACAACCAGGCGGAAAUGGCCCACCAACAGCAGCAGCAGCAACAGCCGGGACCACCCCGCAAGAUGAACAACUUGAUACUGAACCAUUUAAAGUCCAUUGUGGACAACUUUGACAGCUUGAAUAACAAUGUUAAUGAUAAAAACUCGUACACCCCACCGCCGCCAUCGAUGCCAACUUCAUCACAACAACAACAAACGUCAUCCGCCAUCAACCAUAACAACAACCACAACCACCACCGCGCAACCUCGGACGAACCACCGUCCGGCGGUGACGCUGCGAACAACCACGACGACAAGCAAAACUACGAGGGAUUCCGCUCGCGGCUGGACGAACGCAUCAGCAAUCUGCAGCUGAGCAAGCGCGAGAUCAACCUGAUGCGGCUCAACCUCAGCCUGCUGGACUUUCCGAACGAGAUUCCGCCGAGCCUGCUCAACAACAACUCAGGCCGGAAUUAUGGUGGGGGCGGUUACGAUGGCAGUAGGCCACCCGGGGACGACCUGAACUGCAGCAAUGCCUCGCAAAACAAUGCCAACAUUAAACUGAUUAAAAGAAGCUUCAAGGAAUCGCUGUACGAGAAGGAGAAGAACAUCAACCGGCUCAUCAUGUACUUCACCAUCUGGCGCGAGAUGCUGCUCAAGGCGGAAUUUGCCGACAACAAAAAGUACAAAUUCAACAACAAUUCCAAAUCGAACCUGGACGCGGCCGCGUCCACGGUGACCGCUGCUCCUUCCUCCACCGUGGUUAGCACGACGCCUCCGCACGGCCAACAACAACCUCCGCAACAAUUAUCCCUAGCCGCAACGAGUUCGCUUCCCCGUCGGAGCGACGCUUCCGGCUCGACUCCACCGACCCCGUCCGGCGGCGAGGAUGACGUACCGCUGGAUGAUAACUGUAUCCAGCGGUACCGGAACGUUUUCCAGGCGAUUUCCGGCAAUAGUGGGGGCGAAACGAGGAAGAAGGGUUCGCGGAAGCGACCGCCAGGGUUCAUGGACGAGCUGCUGGACGUGGGCCAGGAGGAGGACAAGAGUUCUCCGGUGGACUUGCGGUCCGGACCGACGACGCCGACGUCGUACGAGUUGGAGUAUGACGGAGGAGGAGGAGGAGGAGGCGGUAAAAAGGAAGACCAAAGAUACUUGAAGGAUGAGGCACCGAUCAAUUUGAGCAAGAGGAAGAGUGAUUAUAGUCCAAUACGGGAGAUGGGCAAUGGUGGGAAGCUGGGACUGUUCCAGCACUGUGAUUUAGACGGGGACGGGAUGCGGAUGGACGGGGUUGGUUCGCUGGGUAACGAUCGCGAUCUAGCGGAUAAGUAUUUGCUCAAGCCGAAGCGGGAACGGUUGGAUCCGGAACCGGUAGUGGGUGGGUUGUUCGACUACAAGCCGGAUGGCUUGAAGGCCAAGCUCGGGUUGUACCAUCAGUCGCCGAGUCCGCAUCACAGUCCGGACGGGAUGGGAGACGGAGGGUACUCGCUUCCGCAGCCGUUCUUCAUCAAGAAUCCGGAUCUUCACGGAGGAAAUCCACCCGGACUUGGAGUUCCCUUCAACAGUAACGCCAUGCUGGACAACAUGAACCGACACCUGAUGCGACAACAGCAGCAGCAACAACAACUUCAAAACACUGUCCAAGGAAUGCCACCUGGAGCGAGCACCGGAAGUGGCAGCGGAAGCAGCAAGAAGGACAAAUCCAACCACCACCAACAACUAGCAAUGGACCUGAACCCCGGCGAACUCAACACCUCGCGUCGAUCCGGAGCCGAAAAGAACCACAUCAAGCGCCCGAUGAACGCGUUCAUGGUCUGGGCCAAGGACGAACGGCGCAAGAUCCUCAAGGCCUGCCCCGACAUGCACAACUCAAACAUUUCCAAAAUCCUCGGCGCCCGCUGGAAGGCCAUGACGAACCUGGAGAAGCAGCCGUACUACGAGGAGCAGGCCAAGCUAUCCAAGCAGCACAUGGAAAAGCACCCCGACUACCGUUACCGACCCCGGCCCAAGCGAACCUGCAUUAUCGACGGCAAGAAGAUGCGCAUCUCCGAGUACAAAUGUCUCAUGAAAAACCGCCGCCAGGAGAUUCGGCAGUUUUGGACGCGGGACUACGACGGGGCCAGCGAUCAGAGCUGUGGCCCGAUGGACAAGCCUCCCUCGGGAGCGCCCGGUUCCACCGGAGGUGGAGGAGGUAGCGGAGGUGGCGGGAAGGCCAUCAAGAAUGAGGCCAUGUGAGGGAUGGUGAGUGCGGUGGCCGGAUUGGGCACCGUACCGCCGUCCUUUGAGGAGGAUAACUGUGACCAGCGGCAAAGUCAGCCGUUGUGGAGGCCAUAGAUUGGGGUUUUUUGCUUUUUGUUUUGGGGCUGUGGAAGAUAUCGGGGAGGGACGUGUUUUUUGGAAGGGGGAAGAACCGAUUGUAGCAAGAUAUUUUUUAUUUGAGAAAAAAUAAAUUAUUGGAAGAAGAA